UCUCCAUGCGGACAGAUCGCAUCUUGCAUUCCGACGGCAGCGGGAUGUAACCGCUGCUGACUUCAUGUCUCCGAGCCGCGUUGUGAAGGAAUAAAAUGUCCCUGGUGAAGGAGUCCGGCUCUUGUCCUGACGGUUACCGGGCUCUGAGCACUAGUGAGCUGCGGGAGCUUCUCCAGGACGACGACAAAAUGGACCAAAUCAUCCGACUGAAUGAAACGUUCCAGGAGCUUCAGGUGGACAGGGAGACGCUGCUGACCUCCAACCGGAACUUGGCCGAGGAGAGCCUCGCCCGGCGACCACGUCUCAAUAACGGCAAACUCCAGCUGGCGGAGAAAUACCGGGAACUGUCCAACCUGGCAACCACAUGCUGGGAAAAACGGAGUCGGCUCGAGGCCCGCGUCCAGAAGCACAGCCUGCAGACGGCGCAGAACCUCCUGCAGGAGGAGGUGGCACGCGCCGAGGAGCAUUCAGAGGAGCUGCUGGAGAAGUUCAUGGAGGGGAACGUAAGCCUGGAUGAGUUCUUGGACUCCUUCCAAAGUUCCAGGAAGACGUAUCACAUCCGCCGGGCACAAGCGGAGAAGAUGCAGGAGAUCGCUCAAGCCAAGCGGCAGCAGAGCAAAGCCAAGACCAGGGAGGAGGGCAAAGUUCCAGAGGUGAAGAAGGACUCGGAGCAGCCGAAGGAGCCUCAGCGGCCCAACGGCUUUGUGGCACAGGGACCUUUGAGAGUGUUCCAGGUACGCUACGGCCUCACGCCGGCCAUCCUCCUCCCUCACUACCCAGUUUCCCCCCCUGCCUCGGCACCAUGUCAUCCAAACAGUACUCCUCCACCUGAACCUCACCUGGGACAGACCCACAUCCUCAGCCCCAGCAACGCACUCCCAGGACACGGUCAGCCAGUCGGCCUCAGGGUCAUCGGACAACUAUCAGGGGGCUGGCCGGCUAAUGGACGACCGGUAAGACUCCAACAGCUUUACAGGCCAAACCCUCAACAGCCUGAGCCGCCAUUCCGGUAAGCAAGAAGAGGGGAUGUAGAAGAGGAAGAGGAGGAUAUGCAGGAGGAGGAUGAAAAGCCAGUUUGAGAGGUCUUCCAAGAUAAGGAAUAACCAAACAGAGGCUGUCGCAAAUCGUGAUAGCUAAGACUGAUCCAGAGGCAGAGAACUCUGCUGGUGUCUGUUUCUGUUCUCCAUCCACGGCACGCACACAAAACCAUCAGAGCAGAGGCGGGGGGCGACAGUGAGAGCGAGGACAAAAAAACAAGACGAAAAAAACGCUUUUAUUUAAUUACAACUCAAAACAAGUCUCACAUCAAACCUUUUAUGUCGCCUUGUUUGCUCAUCAGGAAAGAGAAAUGGAAAUGUGCCGCAAGAUGGAACUUUUAACGACCAGUUUAUCAUUUAUUUAACACACGCGAGACAAAGGAUUCAAAAAGGAAAUUCAAUGAAACGCCAUCGAGCCUCAUCCUUAGUGUUUUUAACGUUUUUUUUUAUACUUAACAGUGAGGGAUGUGAAGCACACGGUUGUGAAGCACAUAAAUAACUAACAUCCUAUUGUUAAUUCAUACAGCGGAGGCUGGGUGUCUUCACAACAAAGUGAUCACAUCAUUAAAGUGGUGUUUAAUGUAAA